AUGAAAGAAACAUUUAGUACACCGGAAAUUGAUUGGCAAAGGUCUUCUCAAUGGAUAAUUAGAAAAGAAGACUUGGAAUACACGCCUUCUGCUCUCGAUGGAAUUCCUUUGGUACAAGAACAAAUCCAGAGGUCCAAAGGUUGUAACUUUAUCAUCAAUGUCGGCUUAAGAUUAAAAUUGCCUCAAAUUACACUAGCGACAGCGAAUGCUUAUUUUCAUCGGUUUUAUCUUCGAUUUUCCUUGAAGGAUUAUCACUAUUACGAUAUUGCAGCGACUUGUGUCUUUUUAGCAAGCAAAGUAGAAGAUUCCAAUAGAAAGCUGAGAGAUAUUAUCAUCAACUGCGCAAAAGUUGCUCAAAAGAGUAACAACAUCUUGAUUGACGAGCAGACCAAAGAAUACUGGCGCUGGCGGGACGUUAUUUUAUACACAGAAGAGAUUAUCCUAGAAGCACUAUGCUUCGAUUUUAAAGUAGAUCACCCUUUCAAUGAUUUGAUGCGCUUAAUCCAAAAACAUGCUUCCGAUCACAAAAACCUUACAAAAGUCGCCUGGACCUAUAUUAAUGAUAGUACGAGAAGCAUUUCUUGUUUGCUUUUUCCAAGCAAAGUGAUCGCAGCAGCUGCUUUCCAGUACGGCCUUGAAAAAACCAAAACAUCACUUCCUCUGGAUGAAGCGGGCACUUCUUUAUGGCUUCUAGACUAUAACGUUUCGAUGGAUGAUAUACAUGCUGUUAUGAACUUGAUCCAUUCUUUGUACAGGCAAAUCAACAGUGGAAAGCCUGUUGUUGCGCAUGGUGAGACCAGAUUAGACUCGCAAGUGUCAGCUUCUCAUUCUACUACUCCUUCAACGAUGGCUACAAAUUCUGCUCAAUCAACACCGCAAAAGCAACCUGUCUCUACAUCCCUUUCUUUUGAGAUAGGUCAAAAUGCCACUCCUUCUCGGGUUGAUUCCCUUACCGCUUCUCAUGAACAGACAGAACAAGAACAAAACAUUACCGAGACAGGCAAAAAUGAAGAAACCCGGGAAGCGAUGGAAAUUAGCUAA